ACGCACACGCACACGCACACACACACAAACACUCACACAGUCAUUGCUAAACGUCCCGCACAGUCAAACGAACAGCCGUGACCCGCUGUUCGCACGCCCGCAGUCUCGCACACUCGCUAUGUGUAUAAACCUGUGUGUGUAGUGCUCUCUCCUCUGUUGUGAUAAGGUGACGUGUAUGUCGUGAAUACCUUUGGAUAUUGCUGCGUGUCGUAGACAGCCGUUCACCGAUGCCACCGUGAGGCACUCCCUCCCCAACUGGCACCAUGCAGCACCCUCAGGAGUUGCAGAAGGGCGCAGAGAAGGGCGAGGCGCAUGAGUUUGAGAUCCGCUUCUCAUUCCACCAUGACCUCCCUUCUCCGCUCCCCAGGGUCGUCUCUGCCUUCGUCUACAGCCCCUGGACGUCAGGUGUGAAAAAGAAGAAGCGCCACGCCCCGCCUCCACCGCCGCCCCCGCCGCCCGCGCCACAGUUCUGCGAAGACUUACAGAACACCGCCUUCCACAUGUACAACGCGUACGAAGUCAUUUCCAUCCAGACGCACACUUACAAGGAGAUCACCAUGACUUCGAACGCGCCUCGGCUCCUCAGCACCUUUUCCAGUAAUCCGUGCUUGAAGGCAUCGAAGGAGACCGGGGAUUUCCCUCGGACAGGCAAGAACAGGAAGAAGGCUCAGCAGGUCAGCGCCUCAACCACGAAUGCCCAUGACGACGCGGAGUGCAGCUAUCCGCGAGGUGCCUGCAAGAAAGAUAAUUUGAAAGUGAGAAAGAAUAAUAGUCACGUGAGCAUCGUUAAGCGCAACAUGGAAGCCGGAAGGAAAGGCGCCUCCAGAAGCAGGAAUGAAGCGAAGGAGGAGCGAGGAAAGAUCACGAAAGAACCCACCUAUGAAGAGAUCGAAGGCUACCUCGACGACAGCAAGAACGUCAUGGAACUGGCGGCGCUGCUGGGGAAGAGGCUCGACCAAGCCCUGCUGAAGCCGACGGUCAGCGAGAGUUGCGCUUCCUCGGCCAAAAAUAAAAGCAUGUCCUCGGCUUCUAACAAGCAGCUGCCAGCAAAACCACGUCCGAAGAAGGGCGAGGCGGGGGCUGUUAAGGGCACUAGCAAGGAUCGUGGUGCGGUCAGUGCUAAGGAGAAUGUUAGAGAUUGUGAUUGCAUCUGCUCAGAUGAAGUUUGUUGCAAUGCCUUGGUAACACCUCAGAGAUGCCCCCUACAGCAGAACAAGGGAAAACCUCAGUCCCAUAAAACUGACUCCAGUAGACCUAAUGGAAAUAUAAAGACAUACAUAUUCGGCGAACAACCCACGGGCGAACCGACGAAAAAGAAAAGGGCGCUGAAAGAGCGGCAGUGCCACUUAGCGGUCGCAAGUCCACGGUCGCAGGGAAGAGGACACAAGACAAGAGAUGGGCACGCCAGGGCUCUCAGCACGGAAUUCGCGACAGAGAAGAGACACAAGCGAGGCUCUGCGGCCGGCUUCUUGAGGACCUCCUUUAAGGCGUCCGCUCGUAAAUACAAGGACAAUGUAGUGCACACAUACAGGAGGCGGCAUUCGAAACAUGACAAGCACAACGAUGCGUACGUCUGUGCAGGGCGCCAUUUCGUCCACCAGAUUCCCCGGGUCAUAAUCUCCUGCGAGAACUUGACGGAGAGUCGCAAGGCCAAUGCCUUGAGCAGAAUCCGAGACUCGUUCCGAGGGAGGCCUGCAGCCUCGGACCCUCGCUGCGGCCACGUCCAAGAAUCGGGAGAAGACUCAGCCAACGAACAUUCCCGCAGGAGCCGACCGCGUGACGCCAGAGAUUUCUACCGCGAAGAAAACGAGUCCCCGGAGAAGUGUCGCGGGAAAUCAAGGUCACAUUCUUCGACCAGAGAAGACAGACGCGCCUCCUACGGGAGUCUCGAACGUUCGAAGUCCGUUCACGCGAAGAGGACACCCAGACGCGAUUCUCCGGCUCUCAGCGAUGACCUUUACGUGAGGCGGAAGGCACGUGGCCCGCGAAUCGAUCUUGCGAAAAUGAGAUGACCAUUGAAGGCUGAUAUGGACUUUAUUGACCUGGAUGAAGGAAAUAUCGAAGGAAAAGGUUCGAAAAAAAAUUAUGUACAUUGGAGUGUAUAUGAAUAUUCGGUCGUAAUUUGAAUUUCAGUGCAUAUUAUUAUCAUUGUUUAAUCCAUAUUUUAACGUGAUGAAUCGUACCGUAAUAAACGAAUGGAAGUGUAUUCUAUUUUAAUAAAACAUUAAGAAAA